AUGUACCUAGUCAGCCAUGGCGUCUGCAGUGGUGACAACAGCCAAAGAAACUCUAUUUUGGAAGAUCGGGGCAGAGAGGAGGGCCCAACACACAAUCCGACAUCCGGAACGCCAUCGCUAGCUACGAUGGGCGUGCGCCUCCACAACGUUAGGACUUGA